AUUCGGACCUGCAGCGGGAACUCGGUAACCUCAAGAAGGAGCUGGAACUGACCAACCAGAAGCUCGGCUCCAGCAUGCACAGCAUAAAGACCUUCUGGAGCCCCGAGCUGAAGAAGGAGCGGGCGCUGCGCAAGGAGGAGAGCGCUAAAUACAGCCUCAUCAACGACCAACUCAAGCUGCUCAACCAAGAAAAUCAAAAACAAGCAAUGCUGGUGAGGCAGUUAGAAGAAGAACUGAGGCUUCGUAUGCGUCAGCCCGCUCCCGAGCUACAACAACAACUGGAAGCUCUCUACGCCGAGAACGAACACCUGCAGAGAGAAAUAGCGAUAUUGAGGGACACCAUCAAAGAACUAGAGCUACGUAUUGAAACGCAGAAGCAAACGUUGCAAGCCCGAGAUGAAAGCAUCAAGAAGUUACUCGAAAUGCUACAAAAUAAAGGCAUGGGUAAAGAGGAAGAAAGGCAAAUGUUCCAACAAAUGCAGGCAAUGGCACAGAAACAGUUGGAUGAGUUCCGGUUGGAGAUCCAGCGGAGGGACCAGGAGAUUCUCGCAAUGGCGGCCAAGAUGAAAGCCCUGGAGGAGCAACACCAGGACUACCAGCGCCACAUCGCAGUUCUCAAAGAGUCACUUUGCGCUAAGGAAGAGCACUACAGCAUGUUGCAAACAGAUGUGGAAGAACUGAAAGCCCGUCUAGAAGAGAAGAGCAGGCUGGUAGAGAAGAAGACAGCAGCAGCGCUCGCCGCAGCUCACGAGCUGGCUGAACUCAGGGACCACUCGGAAAUCAAAGACCGGAAGAUCAACGUGCUUCAGAGGAAGAUUGAGAACUUAGAAGAUUUACUUAAAGAGAAAGAUAAUCAAGUUGACAUGGCAAGAGCAAGACUGAAUGCAAUGCAAGCUCACCAUUGCUCUUCUGAAGGAGCUUUAUCAUCUCUUGAAGAAGUGAUCGGUGAUAAAGAGAAGCAAAUCCAACAGUUAAGAGAACAGAGAGAUAGAGCUGAACACGAAAAGAACGAAGAAAGAGAACUACACGAAAGAGAGAUCGCUGAAUACAAAAUGAAAUUACAUGCAUUAGAAAGCGAAGUCGAGAAACUUGGAGCUAGAUUAGAAAGGGCACAAGCGGAGAAAGAUCGUCUCGAAGCUAAGCUAGAAAGCUCACAAUCUGAGCUAGGAAAAUCUAAAGCUGAGCUAGAUAAAGCUGCAAGUGAAGUCGGUAGGUCAGGUGCCGAUUGGGAAGCAGCAAAACAACGUCUCGCCAGACUUGAGUUAGAAAACGAAAGACUCAAGCACGAAUUGGAAAGAUCCCAAACUACAUUCGGCAGAAGUACUUUAACUACGUCUCAAGAAUUAGACAGAGUUCAGGAAAAGGCAGAUAAAUCUGCAGCGGAGUUAAGACGGACUCAAGCAGAGUUAAGAGUGACGCAGGCAGAUGCAGAAAGGGCCAGAUCAGAAGCGAGUGCGUUGCAGGAUAAACUGGAGAAGUCUCAGGGUGAAGUCUAUCGCCUCAAAGCUAAACUGGAAAAUGCACAAACUGAACAAGAUAGUCUUAAAGAGGAGUAUGAUCGGGUACAAUCCUCAAUAAGCCGCCUACAUUCAGAGAGGGACAAAGCUAUAGCUGAACUUGAGAAAGCAAGAGAAGAACUGGAACGAACGCAAGCUACUCUCGGCAAGGCCCAGCUGCAGCAAGACAAGCUGCAAGCGUCGCUGGAUUCAGCUCACUCUGAGAUAGAUAAGCUGCAAGAGAAGUUAGACAAAGCAUCAGUUGAAGUGCGUAAGUUGCAAGUGGACAGAGAGAAGCAAGCAUACGACUUUGAAUCCAUACAAUCUCAGCUGGACAAGGCUUUGGGCCAGGCGGCGAGGCUCCAGAAGGAAAGGGACACCGCUCAGUUGGACGCUGAUAGAUUCCAUGACAAGCACGAAAAGGCACAGGCACUAGUAGCUCGUAUCCAGAAGGAACGGGACACUGCACUAGCGGAGGCCGCGAGCUGCAGAGAGCGAGCUGAAGCGGCGGCUGCAGCUGCCAACAGAGCGGCCAGGGACAGAGACAGCGCGGCCACAGAGCUAGAUGUGCUGAGAGAACGAUGGGAGAAGGCUCACCAACAGCAUCAGAAGUUGACUAUGGAACGUGACGAUGCACUUACAGAACUCGAAAUAUUGAAAGAAAAACUUGAUAAAGCAUUGUAUUCUACACAAAAGACAAUAGAGGAAAAGGAGACAGCGCACAAAGAAUACGAAAAAAUGCUUGAAAAAUACGACAGGUCUCAGAACGAAAUUUACAGAUUGCAGAAUAAGAUAGAUAUUUUAGAAGCUGACAAAGAUCGUAUUGAGCUUGAACUUGAAAAACAAGUACAUUUGGCAAACAAGUCUCGCGAAGAGCAACGAAAGUUACAAGACGAAUUGGCUAGAUUGCAGGAAAUGUAUGACAGAGCAUCUUUACAGCUUGGCAGGACAAAGGAGAUGGAAGAAAAGGCCAAAGAAGACAUGGAUAGAAUGAGUGUCGAUAUUGAAAUGGUGAGAGAACGGUAUGAAAAGGGUCAAAUCGAACUGCGAAGACUUCAAGCAGAAAAAGAAAAAUUACUAGCAGACAGUGAAAGACUUCAGUUUGAAUACGAUCGUGCAAUGACUCAGUGCGGUAAAGCACAAGCUUCAAAUGAAAAAACUCAAGAAGAAAUGGCGAGAGUACAAAUAGAGCUCGAAAAAAUGUACGAUAAGAACGAUAAAGUAUCGGCUGAAUUACGUAGAGUACAAGCCGAGUUAGAUAAAGUAAAACAAGACGCUACUGGGGCUAGAGAGGAAGCCGAAAGGUACGCCUCUCGGUAUGGAAAGUAUCAUGAUAGUAAGGAAGAGCACGAACGAACUAAGUUGGAGGUGGAACGUCUGCGCACGCGGCUUGAGAAGACAUCGCUUGAGUUGGAGCGGGCACGCAAAGCUGAGGAAGAGGUGACCCGUCUGCGCUCGGAGCUCGAACGCGUGGAAGGCCUCCGAGGUAAAUACCAAUUCGAACAGGAUAAAUGGAGUAAUGAAAUAAAUAGAAUGCAGGCUGAACUGGACAAGCAGCGCGAGCGCUACGAAUCGUCGCAAGCCGAGAUACAACGUCUUCAGGCAGAAAAGGAGCAAGCAGAGACCAAACUACAUGAAUCUAAUAUACAACUGGAGCUGUCUAAGAGUGAAGUUACAAAACUAAGCGCGGCGCUUGAAAAGCAAAGAACAGAUCUCGAACGUGCUCAUAUUGAAUGCGAGAAAUUCAGGGACCGAUGUGAAAAGUUAAAACUGCGCACAGACCAGUUGGACAAAGAUAAUGAGAGGCUCAAAGGUGAAUUGCAACAAAUCGAACGGAUGAAGUUGCAAGCGGUAGCAGGAGACAAAGCGAGAACAGAAGAUAGAUUAGAAAUAGAACGUCUUAGAGAUAAAUUAGAGAAAGCCAUUCAAGCGAGAGAUGCAACCGAGAUGGAAGCCGGCCGAUUAGCGAAGGAACUUGAAAAGUCACAGAUGCAUCUUGCUAAGUACCAGGAAACAAAUGAAACGACGAGAGUCGAAUACGAUAGAAUGACGAACGAGUUAGGCCGUAUGCAUGAACGGCUCGAGCGUACCAUUCUUGAAAUGCGACAGAUCGAACAAGAGAGAGACGCUCUCAGGGUAGAGAUACAGAACACGCGGCGUAAUGUUGAACAACAGCAAAGAACUCUAGACCACAGGACGCAAGAAACUUUAGUGAAACUACAGCAAGAGUUGGCGCAGUCUGUUAGAGACAGAGAAAAAAUGGCGUCAAUAUUAGAGCAGAGGGAUAAACAAGCCGAUGCGAUAGAAAAACAAAUUGUCAAGUUAGAGGCUGACACUAAGCAAUUGACUAUCGAGCGUGAUCAGUUGGUGGCACAACUAGAGAAAUCGCAGGAUAUGUUGGUCAAUUUCCAGCGAGAAUUGAAUUCAUCUGAAGCGGAACUGCAAAAGCAGCGCGAAGAAGUUCGCAGACUGAAGGAAGAACAGAGAAAGAUCGUCCAAGAUUCGGAACGUGGGACUAAAACCGUCCUCGAGAGUCGCGAUAGAGAAAUCGCGAAACUUCAGCAACAAAUGCAGGCAGUUAGUAAAGAGAGAGAGUCGUUCAAGCAAAGGGCCGAGAAAGCGGAGAAGGAGGCUCAAAAAGUGGGCGAAAUCGACAAGUGGCGAGCGGCCGUGGAAGCGGAAAAGACGAAAGCGAUCGCGGCGGAAAAAGCGUACUCGGAAUGCCACCAGCGGCUUCAAUCCCUGGAGAAGCAGUUCCAGGCGCAACAGCAGCAGCUGCAGCAGCUGCAGGCGCGUGGGCCUUCCGACGUGCGCGAGGUUCAGAAGCAGCUUGAGGCGGCGCAAGCGGAGGCGCGCUCGCUCGCCGUCGAGAGGGAACGUUGCCAGUCGCAGCUGGAGAUGCUCGUUCAAGAAUUGGAAAAGAGCCAGCUCGACCUCCGCGAAGCGAACAAGAAAUUACAAACGGUUGGCGCUCAGAGCGCCAAAGCUGGGGAAGAUUCAGCGCAAGCUAGAAAGCAAUUACAAGAAGAGAUGAAGAAGUUAGAAGACAUGAAGAGACAGUUCGAUGAACAGAGAAGAGCGGUAGAGAACAAGAGGAAGGAUGUAGAAGAGAAGGAAAAGUCACUGACGGAACUGGAUCGACAGUUAAAGAAGAGAAAAGAACAAAUGGACCAAAUGGAAGCAUCUUUGAGGAAGGCGGGCGGUAGCGCAGCAGCGGUUUCCGAGAUGAACCGCAAGCUGACAGACACUCAGAAGGAGGCGGACCAGGUGAAGCAGCAACUGAAGCAGAGCGAGGAGGAGUCGAAGCGGCUGACCGCGGAGACGGAGCGCUUGCUGCAGCUCGUGCAGAUGUCGCAAGAAGAACAGGCCCAGAAGGAGAAGCAGAUCAUGGAUCUGCAGCAAUCGAUCAGAAACCUUCAAGCCAAACUGAAAAGUCAGCAACAAGCACAAGCACAAAAAGAAGAGGAACUGUCGCGAGCGAAAACUAACGAGCUAGCAGCUUUCGGUGAUUUAACAAAAGCUUUGAAAGAAAGAGACUAUUUAAAAACUAAAUUAGAAGACGGCAGAAUGAAAAUAAUCGAUUUAGAGAUAGAAUUGAAUCAAUCAUCAUUAAUAUUGUCUGAAGUAUUGAAAAUAUCAGAUGGUCAAUUGGGUAAUAUAAAGAAAAGCAGAAGUUUCUUUGAACUACAGAAGAGCGGUAAGGUAGUGGAUAGGUUAGAUAAAUGUAAAUACAGUCAAAGUGCAAGCAAUUUAAAUAUAAUCCAUAAGAAAGAUACAAAAAUACAAACAUCACCAAACGUGAACAAAUUAACACGAAAAAUUUCAGAUCUAACAAGAGAAAUGGAAAUAAAGAAUUCCAAAAUUAUAGAACAGCAAAGAUGCAUAACUAUAUUAGAAGAAGCGUUAAGAGAAAAUAAUAAUAUUGCUGAAUUUGAACAACUUUUAGCAGUUGUUCGUAGCAAAGAUGAAAGAAUUAAUGAAUUAGAGCAAAUGAUAAAUAACAAAGUUAUUACUGUUUCUGUGGAUAACAAGGAAUCUAGGAUUUUAGAGUUAGAAGAUGCAUUGAAGGAAUCUAUCAUGAUAGCAGCAGAAAGAGAGAAAGUAUUCAACGAAGAGGAACAACGAAGAAUUGAUACAUUGCAAAAGAUGGGAAAGAUGGAGCAACGUAUAAGAUCUCUACAGAACGCUUCAACGUUAAAUUGCGAGACCUGCUCGUUAGUACUAAAACGCUUGAAACUGCUUGAAGAUCAGCUUCAAAAUUGUGAGAGUAAAAAGCAGGAUAUACUGCGGCAUACGUCGCAUGUUAUACAAGACAUAUUAGAAGAGGCGAUCAGUGGAAAGGAUUCAAAAAUAGCAGAGUAUGAGAUGAAGGGAGUUCUGGACGAGAACGAAACAAAAGCUUGUGACGCGCUGAAAAGUGAGCGAGACAGAUUGCUGCAUAGACUUAGGAUUGAGAACGAAUGGUUAGUGGAUUCCCAACGUGACAUGCCAUUGGAGUCAUCACAAGACAUCUCUCUGCCUGAUCUAACUCUAGCCGACGGUCAAAUAGCGGUUUGCGAGGAUGCAAUCGUCUGGGUAUCGUAAAAGGAGGAUCUAUUGAGAAUGCGGGAGGAGGACAUCCCAGGGACAGUGCUAUGACAACAGAAAGCUAAGUUUUAAAUAAUUAUGUUGUGGCCUUAGCCCCAUCACCACAUUGUCACCAUCACCCGCUACCUUACCAAUCAUUCUGCUUAUCACCAGCAUUAACUGAAACUCGCUCUCAAAAUGUAUGCUGCGAAUUUCCGAUCGUGUAACUGUCAAAUGUCAUACCAAAGAGGUUUGUUUUUUUUUUUAAAUCCAAAGAAGUUUUUGUUUUUUUUUUUUG